AUGACCUCAUUAUGUUUGAGUGAAUGGCCAUCCACCUGGAAGAUUCAGGAAAAUACACGAGAUCAAAAAUUUAAUUUUUCUCAGCUGGCUGCAUUAAAUAUAACCAGUCUCCAAUUAUAUCAUUGGUCAGCAUCAAUAGAUAUUAUAGAAUCUUAUCAAUUCUAUUUGAAUCAAUUAUCAACUUCAAACAAUAUAUCUUUAUCGACGAAAGUUUUUUACAAUUGUACAUCACCAAGAUUUGGUCCACAAUGUCAAUAUUUAUUUCCUUUCAGAACAAAGGAAAAACUUCCAUCAGUACACGAAUUAAUUCAUAGAUUUUAUUUAGUACUGAAAUAUCCAAGAGAGGAUUUACUAUGUUAUCGUCAUUUAAAUUGUCGUUUUGGUUCAGUAUUACUAUGCCUUGAUUGGAAUCAAAUCUGUGAUGGUUUCAUUCAAUGUACGGACGGAGUCGAUGAACAACAUUGCUGGCAAAUGGAAACGAACCAAUGUAAAGAAAAUGAAUAUCGAUGUCGAAACGGUCAGUGCAUAUCCUCAGUGUUUUUGGAUGAUAAUGCAGUUGGUGCUGAAUGUUUUGAUCAAUCAGAUACAAGAGAGAAGUUCGAUUGGGAUACAUAUCUACGAUUAACGUACGACCCUAUUCGACCACAAUUUAUCAACGAAGAAGUAGUUAUUUAUAAUGGCACUGGUCAUUUUGGACCCUAUUUUGAAGGGCGUAAUCGCAGACUUUUUUUCGUUCAUCACAUGAUACCACAACCAGAUAAUCUAUGUCGUCGUGUUCAAGAUAUUUUACCUAAUGUUAUUUCAAAUGUAAAUUCAAUUGAAAUGAUUUGGGAUUAUAUUCAUCAAAUAUCGAUUUAUCUUUCUAAAUGUAAUACAAUUUUACGCAAUGACACAAUAUUCUGUGACAAUCGAACGAUGUACCAAUGUUUGAAUUCUUCGAAAUGUAUAGCAAAAAUUCGUAUCUUCGAUCAAUUUGAAGAUUGUGAUUAUGGAGAUGAUGAAGAUAGGCAAAAAAAUAUUUUAACUAAUGAAAUUUGUUCGAAAGAACAAUCUUUAACGCAUUUCAUAUGUCCCAAUACAAAUAAAUGUAUUUCUCGAAAGUUAAUCAGAGAUUCGAAAUGUGAUUGUGGAUAUUUAGAUGCUCAACAUUUUCUAUGUCCUGAUGAAAAUAUAGAAAUGAAAUCCAUUCGAGAACUCAUAUCAUUUCCGACAAUUUGUAAUGGUUUCAAUGAUUUAAAUUCUAUACUUAUUGAUGGACAAAAUUAUACAGAUGAAACUGAAUGUAAUCAAUGGGUGUGUAAUAAUGCAUAUACUCGGUGUAACGGUUAUUGGGAUUGUUAUGAUGGAGCUGAUGAAAUUGAUUGUCAUGAAUUUUUAUUAGGUUUGAAUUGUUCAGCUCAUAGUUUUUUAUGUCUAUCACCCAUUACACGUAAAUUUAUGUGUCUCUCGAUGGACCAAGGUAAUGAUGGUAUCAUUGAUUGUCUUGGUGCUACGGAUGAACCGCAAUUAUGUCGAUAUAACACUCAAACCUAUGAUAAUGGAUUCUACUGUGAAGAUCGAAAGAUUCGUUUACCCGUUUGUAUUCAAAGCCAUGAAAUCUGUAAUACCGAUAUAACAUGUACAGACUGGGAAAUGGACAAACUCUGUGAACCACUUACGUUUUUUCCUGUUAUUUUCAGAAAUGGUUUCUGUAAUCGAGGCGAUUUUGCAUCUCUUGAUUAUAAUAAUAUGCAAAUAUGUUAUCUUUUCAGAUUUACUCCAAGACCUGAAAUUGUGCAUUUUUCUCUCGCUCAGGUGAAAUCAAUAUUUAAAGAUGAAGAUAGAAAAUCUCCAUUAGCGGAUUCUCUC